AUGGCGCCGCAACGUGCCGAAGAUUCUAACAAGAGUGCCAAGGAAGUAUUGGAUGAAUUUGGGCAACAAGUGUACAAAGAAAAAGUGGAAAAGGAUGCUAAAAUAUAUAAAGGUGAAUUGGAAGGAAAUUUGGCAAGCUCAUCAAUUUUGGGGGAAACAGCGAGCACCGAUAAACCGUGCACAUUUGAAUAUAAUAAACUUCUUGGUGCUCGCGGUAAAAGGCAUCCGUGCGGAAAUAGACAAACAGUUCGUUUUUCCGAUGAAUAUGGAGGUCAAUGUACAUUUAAUAGAAUAAAAGAUAGUGAACAUAAUAAUAAUGAUGUUGGGGCCUGUGCUCCUUUCAGACGAUUACAUCUAUGUGAUUAUAAUUUGGAAAAAAUGGGCUCAACGAAAAUCAAGGAUAAAAAUGUUUUGCUGGCCGAGGUGUGUAUGGCAGCAAAAUAUGAAGGACAAUCAUUAUUAAAACAAUAUGAAGAACAUAAAAACAAUUAUCCUCAUACCAAUAUAUGUACAGUAUUGGCACGAAGUUUUGCGGAUAUAGGAGAUAUCGUACGCGGCAAAGAUCUUUUCCUUGGUCAUCAACAAAGAAAAAGAAAAUUAGAAGAGAAUUUAAAACAAAUGUUUGAGAACAUUAAGAAAAAUAAUGAUAAAUUAGAUAAAAUUUCAAUCGAACAAGUUAGGGAAUAUUGGUGGAACGCUAAUAGAGACCAAGUAUGGGAAGCCAUCACCUGCCAUGCUGCACAUAGUGAUGAAUAUUUCAGAAAAUCAACAGACGGAGUAACUUUAUAUUUUGAUGGUCGAUGCGGUCGUGAACUUUCGAGUGUCCCAACAUAUUUAGAUUACGUCCCUCAAUUUUUACGUUGGUUCGACGAAUGGAGUGAAGAAUUUUGCCGAAAACGAAAUAUUACAUUAAAAUCGGCCAAGGAAGAGUGUCAAAAUGACUCAAAAAAAUUAUAUUGUAGCCUUAAUGGAUAUAAUUGUACGAGACUUAUUCCAAAUAAAAAUUAUUGUUCUAGGGAUCCUAUUUGUACUCCGUGUUCGAAUAAAUGCAUUCCUUAUGACCUUUGGUUAAGGAAUCGACGAGAUGAAUUUAACAUGCAAAAGGGAAAAUAUGAAAAUGAAAUAAAAACAUAUGAAUCUGACAAUGAUAUAUCUAAUAGUAAUAUUAAUACGGAAUAUUAUAAAUCAUUUUAUAAAAAAUUUGCAAAAAGUGACUAUAAAAAAGUGCAUGAUUUUUUAACGUUACUAAAUAAUGGAAGGUAUUGCAAAGAAGGAGUAGACGGAAAAGAUGCUAUUGAUUUUAAUAAGACUGAUGAUAAAGAUGCGUUUGAUCGUUCAGAAUAUUGCCAACCCUGUCCCGCUUGUGUAGUUGAAUGUGACGGUGGAAAAUGUGAAGAGAAAAAAAACAGUGAUGGUACUUGUAUUGAAGCACAGAUAUAUACAGUUGUACGAGAUGAGACGCCUACUCCAAUUAAAGUUCUCUUUAGCGGAGACCACCAGAAAGAUAUAACAAAAAAAUUAAGUUCAUUCUGUAAGAACCCAGAAAGUGAAAAUAAUAGGGACUAUCAAACAUGGCAAUGCUAUUAUAAAAGUAGUGAUUAUAAUAAUUGUGAAAUGAAAGGUUCAUUAUACAAGGUUGAAGGAGAUCCUAACAUUAUUGUAUCUCAUGAAUGUUUUCACUUGUGGGUGCAAAGUUUAUUAAUAGACACCAUAAAGUGGGAAACCAAACUUAAGAAGUGCAUAAAUAAUACUAACGUCACGAAUUGUUAUAAUAAAUGUAACAAAAAUUGUGAAUGUUUUGAAAAUUGGGUUGAACAAAAAAAAAAAGAAUGGGAAAAUGUAAACGAUGUAUACAAAGAUCAGAAACAAAGUUUGGGCAUUUAUUAUGAAAAACUCGAAAAUCUUUUUAAAAGUAAUUUUUUUCAAGUUAUGAAAGCUCUUGAGGGAGAUGAAAAAGGAAAAUGGUAUCAAUUUAAGGACGAUUUAAAAAAAAAAUUUGAACCUUCCGAAAAAAACACACGUACUACAGAUUCGCAAGAUGCAAUAAAACUCAUAUUAGAUCACUUAAAAGAUAAUGCCACAACAUGCAAAGACAAUAAUUCAUUAGAAGAAGAUGAAAAUUGCCCCAAAACUAAAAUAAACCCAUGUAUAAAACGCACUCGUAUACCCACUCGUGGUGCUAGUAACAACCUUGUGAGUGUGAAACAUAUAGCCGAACUGAUGCAACGGAGCGCGAGGAAACAAUUGGAGGCCGGUGCAGGUGAAAUUAAUUUGAAGGGCGAUGCAACAAAAGGGAAAUACACAAAAAAAAAUGGUAAGGCAGUUGCGUUGAAUGACAUAUGUAGUAUAGAUGUCCAACAUUCCAAUUCUACAUAUAGAUCGGAAAAACCAUGUGCAGGAAAAAAUACAGGCAGGUUUGACAUAGGAACUCCAUGGAAAACUGGGACAAACGUAAAAAUGACAGAAGACCAGGCUUAUAUGCCACCACGACGUGAACAUAUGUGUACAUCCAAUUUGGAAUAUUUAGAAACGGAUCAAGGCCCACUUAAGAAUAGUGAUGGAAAGUUUGUUAAUCAUUCUUUUUUGGGUGAUGUGUUACUUGCAGCAAACCAUGAAGCAAAAAAAAUAAAGGAACUGUAUACAAAAGAUAAUGGACUAAAUGACCUAAAGGACAAAGAAACUGUAUGUAGAGCAAUGAAAUAUAGUUUCGCCGACCUUGGAGACAUUAUACGAGGAAGAGACAUGUGGGAUAAUGAAACUGGUAUGAAACAUGCAAAAAAACAUUUGAAAGAUGUUUUUGAUAAUAUCCGUAAGUCACUCAAAAACAAAGGCAACCAAAAAUAUAACUAUGAUGACAAAAAAUUACCCCCAUAUAAAGAAUUAAGAGAAGAUUGGUGGGAAGCAAAUAGACAUCAAGUUUGGAGAGCUAUGAAAUGUGCAAUAAAAGAGGCCACCAUUGACAAUUGUAAUGGUAUCCCCAUAGAAGAUUAUAUUCCUCAAAGAUUAAGAUGGAUGACCGAAUGGGCCGAAUGGUACUGUAAAAUGCAAUCACAGGAAUAUAAGAAAUUACAGGAUGCGUGUACGGGUUGUAAAAAAAAGGUGGAUUCAUGUACUAAAGGCACUCCAGAUUGUGAGCAGUGCGAUAAACAAUGUAAACAAUAUACUGAAUUUAUUACAAAAUGGCAACCUCAAUGGGAAACAAUGUCAUAUAAAUACCAAACAUUAUACGAAGAAGCAGAACGUGAUGCUACAUCUGGUUCUGUUAAAAAACGUACCCAACUUUCAAAGGAAGAUCAACGUGUUGUUGAUUUCUUGAAACAAUUACUACUACGAAAUAGUGCUGCCGCACGUAAUCGUGUUAUACGUGCUGCUGGUAGUAGUGCCACUGGGGGCACCACCGCCAUGACCCCGAACACCCCCUACAGCACCGCUGCAGGGUACAUCCACCAUGAAUUGGGGAAGACCGUGGGGUGCAACGUACAAACAAAAUUUUGUAAACACAAAAUUGGUAGUAAAGCUAGUGGUACAGAAAACAAAGAAUAUGCCUUUAGAGAAAAACCAUAUGAUCAUGAUGAUGCGUGUGCUUGCAGGCCACCAAAACCCACUGGAGGUCCUGGCGCUGGAGAAAGUCCCGCCCGCUCCGACGCCGACUCACGCGGCCCCGCCACUGUUGGUGCCGGCGAAGUCGAAGAAGAUGGCGACGAAGUCGAUUCCGAAGAAGAAGAAGACGAAGUCGAGGAGGAGCCGCCGGCGGAAGAGGUGUGUGAGAUGGUGGACACACUUCUUGAUGAAUCAAAUGGUGGAAAAAAUGGAAUAAAUGGUUGUAAUCCAAAAGAUCAAGUUCAACCUUAUCCUGGAUGGGAUUGUAAACUAAGUACGUUUAAAGAUAAAGAACACGGUUCUUGUAUGCCUCCAAGAAGAAUAAAAUUAUGCGUAAGUGGUUUAACACAAACAAAUAAUAUAAUAAAUAAAGAAGAUAUAAGAACACAUUUUAUUACAUGUGCGGCUAUAGAAACAUAUUUUGCGUGGUUAAGAUAUAAAAAAAUUAAUACUGAAGCAGAUAAAGAAUUAAAAGAAGGAAAGAUUCCUGACGAAUUUAAAAGACAAAUGUUUUAUACAUUUGGUGAUUACCGAGAUAUAUUUUUUGGAACAGAUAUUUCUACACAUAACCAUAUUCCAGAGGUAUCAUCAAAAGUAAUAACCAUUUUAGAAAAGGAAAAUGGUACAAAAUCCGAAGACAAACAAAAAUUCAACAACGUAUUGCUUGAAGACUGGUGGAAAGAACAUGGACCUGAGAUAUGGGAAGGGAUGUUAUGCGCCCUAACAAAUGGCCUCACAGAUGACGAAAAAAAAAACGAAAUAAAAACCAAAUACUCAUACGACGAACUGAACAACGCCAAAAAAGGUGAUUCUUCCCUCGAGGAAUUCGCACAAACCUCCCAAUUUUUACGUUGGAUGACGGAAUGGGGAGAAGAUUUUUGUAAAAAACGGAAGGAACAGGUGGAGACGUUACAAAAGGCGUGUAAGUUCUAUGAGUGUAACAUUAAUGCUGAAGAUACCAAAACAAAAUGUGAAAAGGAAUGCAAAGUAUAUGAACAAUUUAUUAAACAAUGGAAACCUCAAUAUGAACAACAAAGCAAAAAAUUUACAACAGAUAAAGUACAACCUGAAUAUGCAGUUGAUGCCGACGUGAAGAAGUCUACACAUGCCUAUCAAUAUUUGAGCAAAAAAUUAAAAAAAAUUUGUCAAAAUGGAACUACUACUGACAAAUGUGAUUAUAAGUGCAUGGAAAAUGCGUCGAGACAACCACAAACAUCUGCUUGCAGCCAAGAACAACAACAACAAAACAAAUCAUCUACAGAAAACAACUAUCCUGAAGCGUUCGAUUGUCCUCCUAAAGAAAUUGCUGAUAAGUGCAAUUGUCCUAAACCUCCUGAACCUAAAUAUUGUGUAGACAAAACUGCAUAUGAUAUAAGAAAAGAGCGUGAGAAAAAGUCGGAUAAUAGUUUGAAAGGAAAUGGAACUGAUAUACCAUUGACUGAUUGUACAAAGGUAGAUACUAUUACGUUCUUUAACGAUAAUAUUGGUACUACAACAAUUAAUGAAAAAGAAAUGUAUAAGGUUUUUCCACCAAAUAGUGAUUCAUGUGAUAAUAAAUCAAGUAAUCGCUUCAACUCUGAAAAGCAAUGGUUAUGCAAUAAUAUAAAUCUAAAAAAAAAAAAUAUUUGUUUACCUCCUAGAAGACAAUAUAUGUGCCUAAGGAAAAUAGAAAGAAUGAUCACUAAAGAUGUUGACGACAAAGACAAAUUUUUCCAAGUAGUCAUGAAAGCAGCAAAAGAGGAAGGAAUAAGAAUAUUAAAAAAUUAUAAAGAACAAAAUAAAACUGAUUUUUCUGAAAUAUGUGAUGACAUGAAAUACAGUUUUGCCGAUCUAGGUGAUAUAAUUAGAGGAAAGGAUCUUUGGAAUACAGAUAAAAAUUAUAAGAACAUACAAGACAAAAUAAGAUACGUUUUCGAUUAUAUGCAUAAGAAGUUGAAUUCUGACGAUCAAAAGAGAUAUAAAGAUUUAGUGAAUCAUUAUGAUCUACGUUCUGAUUGGUGGGAUGCUAAUAGAAGAGACAUAUGGAAAGCUAUGACUUGUGCUGCACCAAGAAAUGCUUAUAUUUAUAAAACAACAGAAAAUAGUGAAACAAAAAUUCGUUCAACAGAUAUGUAUUAUUAUUGUGGACAUAAGGAUGAUCCACCUGAUAAUGAUUACAUUCCACAAAAACUAAGAUGGAUGACUGAAUGGUCAGAAUACUUUUGUAAAGAACUGAAUAGAAAACUGGAGCAAAUGAAAACAAAUUGUGAUAGUUGUAAACUUAAUGAUUCAAACUGUCGCGAUUCUAAUGAUGGAAACAACUGUAGGAAAUGUCAACAAAACUGCCAGGAAUAUACAAAACUAGUUAAUCAAGGGAAAAAACAAUUUAUUCUACAAGAUAACCAAUAUAAAGAAAUAUAUAAAAAAAUAAGUAAUAAUUCUGAUGGAAAAGCAUAUGUUGGUACACAUGUUGUUGAAUUUUUGAAAAAAGUAGAAAAAAACAAAUGCUCUGAUCUGAAUAGUGCUGAUAAAUAUCUUUAUAAAGGAAGUAACUGUAAAAAUUUGACGUUUACUGAAAAUGAUAACGAACAUAGGACUCGUACGUACGCUUUCACAGAAAAACCUAUAGAAUAUAAAAAUAAAUGUACAUGUGAAAUUACUAAUCAUCCUUUAGAUAAAUGUCCCACGCCACAGAAUAGAAUUAUAUGUAAUAACUUGAAACUUAUUAAUUCCUACAAAAAAAAUUAUACUAUUAAUCUUAAAGAAUGGAAUAACAACCUCGUACCUAAAAUUUCCAGUGAUAAUUAUGGUGUUUUAGUUCCACCUAGAAGAAAACAUAUAUGUCUUAGAAAUAUUACUGCAAAUUUUUUGGAAAACAAAAUAUAUGGCAAAGAAAAACUUAGAAAUGCUGUUCUUAAUGCUGCCUAUAAUGAAGCAUAUUUCUUAUGGACUGUAUAUAAUAAGGAUUCUACAACAGCAUUUGAAGCUAUAAAAUAUAGUUUUGCUGACUAUGGUGAUAUAAUAAAAGGUACUGAUAUCAUGGAGUCCUCAUUGUCUGAUAAAAUAGGUAAUAUAUUUACUAACACAAAAGAUACUAAUGCGCGUUCAAAAUGGUGGAACGAAAUUAAAUAUCAAGUAUGGCAUGCUAUGUUAUGCGGAUAUAGAACGGCAAAUGAUAAAUUUGUUAUUGAUGCUGAUACAUGUAAAUUACCUACAGAAGAUGAAAUUCCUCAGUUUCAUCGUUGGUUAAUUGAAUGGGCAAAACAAGCAUGUAAAGAAUACCGUAUUCGCAAAAGCGCUUUUGAACAGUUUUGCCAUUGUUCGACUGCAGGUGGACUAUCAGGACUAGAUUUACUAAAGAACCAUUCUUGUAAUUACGAACUUACACAGUACAUAGGAUGGAAUACAAUGGUAAAACAAUACAUGGACGGAUUUGAUAUAAAAUUUCAAAAGGUUAAAAACGCAUCUACAAACUCAUCAAUUUCUGAAAAUUCUGCACAGGAAUAUAUAAAAGGCAAAAUUGAGGGUAAUGAAUGCGAUUUUAAUGAUAUGGAAAAUAUAUACGAAAAAAUUACCAAUCGAAAAAAUAAAGAUUUUCAAGAAAUAUUAGGAAUAUUAUGUCCGAAUAAAAAAAUUGACAAAGAUAAAUCCAAAGAAAUUCUUGACGAAACAUCAUCAAAACCCAAAGAAGAAGAUACAUCUCACGUACAACCUCCACCCUUACCACCAAAACCUUCAACACCCGAGGUAGAACCCCUCCCUUCCGAUGAACCCUUUGACCCGACUAUCUUGCAAACAACCAUUCCUUUUGGAGUGGCGUUAGCAUUAGGAUCCAUUGCUUUUUUAUUUUUGAAGAAAAAAACCCUAUCCCCUGUGGACCUUUUCAGUGUUAUUAAUAUACCUAAAGGUGAUUAUAAUAUACCUACAUUGAAAUCAAGUAAUCGUUAUAUCCCCUAUGCUAGUGAUCGAUAUAAAGGUAAAACAUAUAUUUAUAUGGAAGGAGAUAGUAGUGGUGAUGAAAAAUAUGCAUUUAUGUCUGAUACUACUGAUAUAACUUCCUCCGAAAGUGAAUAUGAAGAAUUGGAUAUUAAUGAUAUAUAUGUACCACGUGCUCCUAAAUAUAAAACAUUGAUAGAAGUAGUACUAGAACCAUCCAAAAGUAAUGGUAACACACUAGGUGAUGAUAUACCACAUACAAAUAAAUUUACUGAUGAGGAAUGGAAUGAACUGAAACAUGAUUUUAUAUCACAAUAUGUGCAACGUGAAUCAAUGGGUGUACCACAAUAUGAUGUAUCAACGGAGUUACCAAUGAAUAUAGGAGGUAAUGUUUUAGAUGAUGGCAUAAAUGAAAAACCUUUUAUUAUGUCUAUUCAUGAUAGAAAUUUAUAUAGUGGAGAAGAAUAUAGUUAUAAUGUUAAUAUGGUUAAUAGUAUGGAUGAUAUUCCAAUUAAUCGUGAUAAUAAUGUUUAUAGUGGUAUAGAUUUAAUUAAUGACACGUUAAGUGGUAACAAACAUAUUGAUAUAUAUGAUGAAGUGCUAAAAAGAAAAGAAAACGAAUUAUUUGGGACAAAUCAUACGAAAAAAAAUACAUCAACCAAUAGUGUUGCAAAAAAUACAAAUAGUGAUCCUAUACUCAAUCAAAUAAAUUUGUUUCAUACAUGGUUAGAUAGACAUAGAGAUAUGUGCGAAAAGUUGAAAAAUGAUAAUGAGCGGUUAGCCAAAUUAAAAGAAGAGUGGGAAAAUGAGACACAUAGUGGUAACACUCACCCUAGUGAUAGUAACAAAACGUUAAAUACUGACGUUUCUAUACAAAUACAUAUGGAUAAUCCUAAACCUAUAAAUCAAUUUACUAAUAUGGAUACUAUCUUGGAAGAUCUGGAAAAAUAUAAUGAACCUUAUUAUGAUGUACAAGAUGAUAUUUAUUAUGAUGUAAAUGAUCAUGAUGCAUCAACUGUGGAUAGUAAUGCUGUGAAUGUUCCUAGCAAAGUACAAAUUGAAAUGGAUGUAAAUACUAAAUUGGUGAAAGAAAAAUAUCCUAUAGCAGAUGUAUGGGAUAUAUAA